CACAACAACGUGCGCGAAAACUCAAAUUUCGUAGAAGAUAGCCGGCCAUCAGGCAUCACAAUCAUGGAUAAAUCGAAACUUAGAUCCAAGUCUACGCCUAAAUCUGCUCAUAAAAAGUCUAAACAGCGUAUGUCGAAGGGAAUAUCUGUGAUGUUUGUCGGUAAUGAUGAUGUUAUGCACCACAUAAUGGAAGAAGCUUCAGAAACAAAAGUUCGGAAGGAUAAGAUUCAUACCAUGGCAUCUUCAGAACCAGAGAUUGUUAGCACACCUGUGAGGUCGACACGGAAACAGGAUAAAUAUCAGCAGGAAAGUGAAGAGGAAGAUGGUAAUGAUGAAGAGGACAAUGUGGAGGAGGAGGAGGAGAAGGAGGAAGAAGAGAUUGAAGAUGAUGCAAGCAUCAAGGAAAACACUGAAGUACCAGAAGCAGCAAGCAGACCCAUGAGAUUAUCAAGGAAACAGAUCAAUUAUAAUGAGGAUAAAUUAGCAUCUCGACGGGUCUGUGAUGAAGAGACAAAGAAUGAGGAGAAGGAGGACGACGAUGAUGAUGAUGAUGAGAUGGAAGAAGAUGAGAGUGAUGAGGAGGAUAAAGAUGAUGUUUUGGGCAUUGUCUCAGAAGUCCUUUUGGAUAGAGAUGGGCCAUUAGGGACUGAGGUAUACUCCUUCAAGACGCCUAAGAGAUCUGGUAAAAUGGCUGAGAUAGCGGCAAAGAGUGUUGAUAGACAGCAGAUGAAGAGGAUAGCUAUCAAAAGAAAACUCAAAAGACCCAUUGGAAUGGACAAAGAUGACAGUGACUUUGAUUCAGAUCAGAGCAGUGAUGACAACGACGAUGAUGACGACUACGAAUGCAAGGAUGACAUGAACAGUGACACGAGCAGUGAGAGAAGCAUCACAAUAAAACGAACAAAGAGAGCUUCCAUAGCUACUGAUAUGAUAAAAAAACAAGAGCAAACUCCAAAGGUCACAGGCAAAGGGUCAAAGGUCAGCCAAUUAAAGAAGGGAGAAGGUGCUUCAAAGGGAUCUACUCCUGGUGGGGUGAGAAAAUCAAAUAGAAGAGCCGCUAAAGAUGUUACAUCUAUGCAAUCCAACAUGGCAGAGGAGUAUUUCGUGGCACACUCAGGGCAGGCACUGACAUCAGAUCACACAUUAUCACGGCUUGAAACACCGCAGAUGGGUAGCGGACAGCUGGCAGAGGCAUUGGAAAGCGCCCCCAAUAGUUAUACUAAGGAGAUGACAGAUCUCUUUGAAGAACACUGUGCAUUGUUCAACAAAUGGAUGUAUCACUUAAGUAAUGACUUCAACAUUCUCCUGUACGGCUUGGGAUCAAAACGAAGACUCGUAGAGGAAUUUAGAAGAAGACAGCUCAAAGACUAUACCAGUAUUGUAAUCAAUGGCUACUUCCCUAGUCUCACUGUAAAGAGUAUUUUGAAUGCAAUCACAGAUGAUGUAAUAGAUGAUGUUUGUAACCAUAGAAACAUGGCUGAUCAGCUUGAAUUCAUUGAGGAGAAACUGGAUGAGAUGGAUGAGCCUCUUUUUCUCCUGAUCCACAAUCUUGAUGGAAGCAUGCUACGAGGAUCUAAAGUUCAAUCUGUGCUGAGUAAAGUUGCUCAAGUCAACAAUGUUCACAUACUUGCUUCAAUUGAUCACAUCAAUGCCCCUCUAAUUUGGGAUCAAGAAAGGUCAAGUACAUUUCGUUGGAUGUGGUAUGAUGUGACGACCUUUGACCCUUACACCGAUGAGACGUCUUAUGAGAACUCCUUGCUAGUUCAGCAGUCCGGUAUGCUUGCCCUCAGCUCUCUCACUCAUGUACUCCGCAGUCUUACACCAAAUGCAAGGGGUAUUUUCAACAUCUUGGUUGAAUUUCAGAUGGAACAUAAAGAUGAUGGCACUUACAAUGGUAUGUCAUUCCAUGAACUGUAUCAGAAGUGUAGAGAAGCAUUCCUGGUCAACAGUGACCUGACAUUAAGGGCACAACUUACAGAGUUCAGAGAUCACAAACUAAUCAAGUCAAAAAAGAGCCUUGAUGGUAUGGAACUACUCUCUAUCCCUCUGGAUAAUUCAACAUUAUUGGAAUUCCAACAGCAAGAAGAAUUAUGAUAGUACAAUAUAUGACUCAAAGGAUCGACAUAGUUGCAGUAACUGAACAGCAAGAAGAAUUAUAGUUGCUUCCUGUGGGUCGUUUCAUAAGUAAAGUUACAAAUGACUUCACAGAUGACUGGUAACCCUAUCUUGUGCUUAGUGAUGUACAUGUAUCCCUAACUUGGCACCAAUGAACAUGUUCAAGUCAUUUGUUAAAUUUUCUUCAACUUUAAGAACAGUUUUAUGAAACAUGACUGAAAUAUUGAUGAAAUAGCAAGGAGAAUGUUGUGGUUUGUAAUAUGUGACUGCAGACCUAAGAUUGGAAGUAGAAUUAGACAAGAAUCCUUUAUCAUUGUUUGAAAUGAUUUCUUAUGCUCUCAACAGUAAGUGUGUGAAAAUUCUAACAAAAAGUGUGAUUGAAGUAGUAAAUUAUGACAAUUUACAGUGUAGUACACACUGCUACAUCUUUGACUUGCAUACUUUGCAGUGCGGGCAUAUCCAAUAAACAUUACAGAGGUCUGCCUUUGUGCUCACUAGUUUUAAAAGCAGAAUUAACCCUUUUGCUAUUAAAUUGAUAUUUCAGCUCGUAUGUUAUUUACUUUCUGUGUCCACUUGCAUACAAGCUAGAUAUGAAAUAUUAUUCAAAUGUUCAUCAGUUAUAAAUCUUUUAUUGGAAAUUUGUGAGAAUCGUAAAGUUGAAACUUGCAAUUCUCUGUAGUCGGGACGUUUCAUCAACCACUGUUGGCUUCAUCAGGCAAAUGAAACACCAGUAUGUCUUUCCAAGUGAAUCUAUGUCCAGAUCAGUAGACCGUAACGCCACUUGGUUUCCCAGGGACGGGAAGUUGAUAUUGUGAGAUGUUCCAAAUGAUUGCUAAUUGAACUACAUUAGAACUACAUGUAUGGCUACAAAUGGCUGAAAUGUUUAGAAUGAAUAUUUGUGUGUAGUCCCAGCUACUAGUCGGAGCAACAGAUUUUGUGAUUUUAGAUUACGGAAGUGUUGACAUCACAGUCUGUUUUUUUUUUUUUUUUUUUUUUUUUUUGCAUUUCAGCACUUUAAAUUCCAUAUUUCGAUGGAGCAUGAUGAAAAACAUCCCACAGUCUAAAUGUUGCAGAGUCCAUAGGGAACCAAGAUGUAGCUGUAUAAAUACCUACGUAGCCAGCCCCUUUUGAAUUGAAUUAUGAAUUAAUAUUGUUCCAAACAAAUUAUGAAGCAGGCCAAUUUACACUGAUUUUAAUGGGGCUUAUUAGGCUUUCAUUUGGCUAUUCCUUAUGCCACCAACAACAAAUUCACAUCAAAUUUAGUGUGGAGAGAUUUUGACCAUGCUCUACCAAAUAUGGAAAUGAAAAUACUGAAAUGCACAAAAAGAAAUUAUUUGAUGUCAAACUGGUACUUUUAUAGCAUUUACUAAUUCUAAAGUGUAUUAUAAACAUUAUUUCUUAAUCACAAUUCAAUCUCAUGACCAAAACUAAUCUAUAUUGUUCAAAAGAAGCCAAAAAUGAGAGAACCAAUCAAAUUGUGUACUACUUUUUUUUCUAUAAAAGAUUGUGAAGUUUGCCAAACAUCAUUCCAUUUCAUCCACAAACCAGUACUGCAUUUAGUUUGUCUUCCUUUAAUGUACAUGUAUAUGCUCCAUUUAUGAAUUACUUUGUGCCUUUAUGUGUAGAUUAUUAAUAUUUACAAAAUAUUGAUAUGUACUAUUGAAAAAAAUAUGUUAAAUUGUGUCAAUUUCAAUAAUUGCUAUUAAGCAUAGAUGUCUAUUAUGUGAGAUGUGGUAUUUGUGUUUGUAUUCAUGUACAUACAGUGUAUUUGUUCUAUGGACCAAAUUUGAUUUGUUCUUGUACAGUUUAUAAGAAAAAGAGAGAGAGAAAAACAGAAAAUAAAUACAUGUAAAUGGAAAUAAUUCUUAUUUUAGCACCUUCUUUCUUUAAAUCAGGACGUAAAUGUAAGUUGAAUAAUAAUCUACUUUCAUAUAGGGCAACAGUGUGUGUAAGCACUUUUAUACUGAUACUGGUUUAUUAUCCAAGAGCCUCAAGGUUUAUUCUGUAUUGUAGUUGUACAUCACAUUUCAUUAUGAUCUACAAGAUGGGGUAGAUUCUCAUUCUUUGCCCUUACAGCAGAAAGCUUACAUGUAGAGUGAUCAUAGAACGGGUUUGAAUAAUUGAUUGCAUUGAACACAAUGUACAGCCAAUCAUACAAUCAUCAUUCAAUGAGUUUGUGUUACAGAAUGCUAAGGUUUAUUUCAUAAUACCGGUAGCUAUUUGUAAUGUUGUGAACCACUUGACAAAUGACUGCUGUAGGACAAGACAAAUUAUUUGUAUUCACAUAUACCCAUUGGUCUACUUUCAAUUUGGUCUACCUGCCAUUUGCUCUAAUUGCUGUUUGGUCUACAUUACCUUUGGUCUAAUAUUCACUUGGUCUAUUUCUCAUUUAGUCUAAUGCCCAGUUGGUUUAACUUCUUUGUUUACUUACCAUGUCAAAUGAAAAUGUGGUUCAUUAACAGAUUAUCUAACUAUAUAGACUCGUGGCACAGUCACAUUUCCCCUACUGUGGCAGUACAGUGAGUAAAAAACAGCUGUUAUAACAUUUUUUACCAGCUACAUAUAGGUGAUAUCAAUAAAUAUAUAAAACUGCUAUUUUCAACUCGCCGUGCAGGCACCACAAGGGAAAUGUGACUGCAACAUAAGUGUUGUUAGACAAAGUGGAUAUAAGAUGAAAUGGGUCCUAGGAAAGGGUCUUGUCUGAGGCAACUUGUCAAAAGUUUGAGAUGUGUCUUUCAGCAGGGAUCCCGCUAUGAAGGAACUAUGCGUCUUUUCAUAGUGACUUUACUGCAUCGUUUUGUCUAGGAUGAGAUCUGAAGAGUGAUUAUGAAAGGCCACUUGCAGGAUUCCUACAGGAAAGAUGAGACUCUUGACAAGGUGCCUAAGGGUAAAUGGGCUUAAUGGAGAUUAGACCAAAUGGUUAGCAGAUAAACUGGGUGUAGUUGAGCUAGGAUUACACUGUGUGGGAUGUGACCAAAGGGACAUUUGGGCCCCGUCUUACAAAGAGUUACGAUUGAUCCGAUGAAUCUCAACUAUGGAUGGCCAUCAACAUAUAUUAUGCAUGUAUAUUCAUGCAUUCAUUGUUUUCUUGAAAAUUCACUGCUUCUCUUUGCAUACAAAGGACAUGGUGCAAAUUUUUCGUAGAAAGAAAUUAUGACACUGAUGGAAUUCCAUAUAGAUACGAUUGAUCCGAUCAAUCGUAAUUCUUUGUAAGACGGGGCCCUUAAUCUCUCUUCACAAUCCCUCAUACCCACCCCAUCUCACAAUUCAAUCCAGUAUGUCAUUGUACUUGUGAAUUGCUGUUUGUGAUUUAUAUACAGUGCAUCCCACAAAAAAAGGAAACAGGAUUUCAUAAUUAUUGAAUAUGUUUUUACUAUAAAUUUGAUACUUAUGGU